AUGGUCCAAUUCCUUUUUCACCAUGCCCGUUGUUAUUUCCUCAGACUCCGCAAGCGAGUGUUGAGGCAGCAAGCAAUCCUACUCGCCUGGCCCCCGCACACGUGCGACGACUCAGUCAUCCAAUCAAGAAUCUCAGACUGGAGCAAACAGGCCGACGGUCCCCCGUUCCCAUGGGACAAGCGACCAAUCUCCCUCACCCGCACCGGACACCCCUGGCCCCUGCACUCGUUUGACAACACAGUCAACCAACCGCAAACCUCAGACGGGUCCCGUCAGGCCGACGCUCAUACACAAAGGGGCGCUUCUACCAGAGCAGCUGCCCCGCCGGGCCGUGGGGCCUCGCGACCUAGACCUGGUGUCAGUGAUCCUUUUCUAGCCAAUCUCCCUGGGGUUCCAAGCAGAGCACGGGCCACCGCCUUGAGCACUCGACAAGCAACAGCCAUCCAACCAACUGGCAAUGAGGCAGACCCCCAGGGAGCAUGGCCCCAGCUACAGUGCAUCUGA